UAUCUUGUAUCAAAUGAGUUGAAGAGCCCUUGCAUUUAGGCGCUACAGCUGCUACAACUCAGAAAAACAUCCUUCUCAAGAUGGUGCAUGGAAUUCUGAAGAAAUUGCCGGAAGAUGUGUUUAUUCUUAUACUUUUGAAGCUUCCGGUAAAAUCUCUUAUCCGAUUUAAAUGCAUCUCUAAAACAUGGUACAUUCUAAUGCAAUCGUCCACAUUCAUCAACCUUCAUCUCAACCACGCUAUAAAUGCGAAAGACGAAUUCAUUGUCUUCAAGCUCUCUUUUCAAGAAGAUCCCUUCCAACAUAAAACUAUCUUGUCUUUUCUAUUCGGUGAUGAUGAUGAUGAUUAUCUUACCCCUGUUUCACCAGAUCUGGAUGUGCCAUAUCUGACAUCCACUUUUAGCAGCAACUAUGAUCAACUUAUUGGCCCUUGCCAAGGUUUGAUAGCUUUGAUAAAUAUUGUUGACACCGUCUUAUUUAAUCCAGCUACUAGAAAUUAUAGAUUGGUACCACCAUGUCCUUUUCCGGUUCCAAAAGGUUUCCGUCGUUACGUUGAUGGUAUUGGGUUUGGCUUUGACUCACUUGCGAAUGAGUACAAAAUUGUUAUGAUUUCCGAAGUUUAAAAUGAUCCUCCUUACUGAGAUCCAUUUACGAGGGAGGCAAGAGUUGAAGUUUAUGAUAUGAGCACGGAUUCCUGGAAAGAAAUGGAGAACGUUGAUCAAGAAUUGCCCAGGGUUUAUUGGGCUCCUUGUUCUCUGGUAUUUUACAAGAGGGCUUGUCAUUGGCUUGCAAUUGCACCAAAAGACAAAUUGACAAUUCUUUGUUUUGAUAUGAGCACAGAGGCUUUUUACAAUAUUAAUAUGCCUAAUACUUGCAAUUCCUAGAACGGGCCGCGCUAUGGCCUAGUGGUCUUAAACGAGUCUAUAACAAUGAUUCGUUACCCUAAUCCAAAACCUGAGUAUGAUCCAACACAGGAUUUAAUGCAGAUAUGGAUAAUGAAAGAGUACGGUGUAUAUGAGUCUUGGAUCGAAAAAUACACAGUUAGACCUUUUCUUAUUGAAUCCCCAUUAGCAAUUUGGAAGGAUUGUUUGAUGCUUUUCCAAAGCAGAAAAGGGGUUUUGAUUUCCUAUGAUCUUAAGUUUGAUAAAGUCAAGGAAUUAGAUUUAAAUGGUUGUCCUGGAAGCUUGAGAGCUAUAAGUUUCAAAGAAAGCUUGAUACAAAUUCCACGUGGCACCGAGCACAGUACUCAAGUUCGAAAUUUUUAGAGAAGGUACAACUCUUCAAUUUUAAAUUGAUAAAAUAGCACUUUAUUUUCGAUAGAAUUUUCUUCAUCGAGAUUUGACAGUAUUUUUGUAGCUAGCUUCUUCAUUGAGUUAUUCUGGCUCUGCAUGUGUUGGCCCAAGAAUAGGUGAAGUUUUGAAGAAUGACAAAUGAAUUCAGUAAUGGACCA